GCGCCCCGCACGGCCCCAUGGUGGAGCACGCGGUCGUGGAUUGCUCUCAGGCGAGCGCUAUGCAAACCCUUCCAUUGCAGCCGCAUCGCGAAGCUGAUGACGAUCAGCUCGCUGAUGAAUACGUACAGAACUUUGAGCUGGACCAUCUCGAAGAUCACAACCUGGUGAAACGUGAGCCGCUUCGUGGCGGAGCGUACGAAUUGAUACAAACGCCGCCGGCAUGUGCUCGUGCUCUCCGACCCUGGCCUGAUGCGGGACCGUAUCCACAACCGCAUGUAGCUAUCGCUGUUGAUCCCAGUACACCUCCUGAAACCCCUCCGGCGACGAUUGGCCGUAGUCCAUGUCGUGCCGCCCUAGUUGACGAUGUACUCUGGCUACCACAUAUGAGAGAGCCUCUUGACAUGCGUACAGUGCCGUGUGGAAGUUUUGAAGAAUGGGACAGGCGCGAGUGGAGAGAACAAGAUCAUUACGGACAACAAGUCGCACUGCGCCCAGCUAGUUCUUGUUCGGCAAUGUCUCCUCGCAACGGACCGCAUCCAUCAUAUCAGCCAUCCUCUUGCGGGGACGAUUUGAUUAGUGACGAUCUACUGAUGACCUUAAGCGUGCGUGAGCUGAAUAAGAGAUUGCACGGUUUCCCACGAGAAGAUGUAACGCGCCUAAAACAGAAAAGACGCACUCUUAAAAACCGCGGGUACGCGCAGAACUGUCGCAGUAAGAGAUUGCAGCAGCGGCAAGAGUUGGAAAUGACGAAUAGAACGCUGCAAGAUGAGCUCCACGUGCUGCAGCUGCAGGUUGCCCGUGUGACGCACGAACGGGACGUGUUGAAGCAGCGGCUAGCGCUGAUGGGACGAGAGCAUGCUGUGCCACAGCACGCGCCGCCGACGCCGCACUCUUCACCAGAGUUCUUCUCGGAGCUGUGA